UACAGAAUACGGGCCAAUGAUUAGGCUAUUGAUGUAUAAAUUGAGAAUGAAAUUGAAUUAAAAUUUUGACCUCGGAAUAAAGUUUAUUAGACUUUGGAUUGAGGAACUUCUGCGGGAGCAAAGUGCGGGCUUGAGAGAUGCCGUUUUCCAAACACUCCAGCAGAACUUUAGAAAACGAACUCUCCUAUUGGACAAUCGGACGGUGGACAUCGAACGCGGGUAUGACGCGGCAGGCAAAUGCCGUUUAUGAAGUACACUUUUUCGUAACCAAGUAUUACAACGAAGUACGAAAAUACCCCUUUCACGACUGUAUGCAACGUAACGACCCAUUUAUGUCAUUCAUCUCUCGAAGAUGAUCUCGCAUGUGCCGAGCGUGAUCGUGGGUGCUUCCAGUUUCGUGUACACUUGCUACAUCUUGUUCAGACUGACGUAUUUCUUAUCAAAAGACUCUUAUGUCGACCGUGAAAGUCUACAUACGUUGUCAGAUGACGAUACAGCUGAAUCCACGCUAUGGUCUCUCUUAGUAAAUAUGUUACUCCUUACAAUCUUUGUUUUUCAACAUUCCAUCAUGGCCAAUGACUUUACUAAGCAAACCUUCUGUAAACUACGCAUUGAACAUCUCAGCAGGAGUAUUUACAAUGCCUGCAGCUCGGCGAGUCUUCACUUCAUGAUCAGUAAAUGGCAGCAAACUCCAGCUGCAACAAUGUGGAAGUUUGAGACUUCCAACCAUCUAUUCUGGUUGUUUUCCACCGUCCAUUCGAUAGCUUGGGUUAUUAUUUACAGUGGAUGUAUUAUGAUGGACAUGGCUGAGCUCUGCGGGCUCAAACAGAUGUGGUACAGAGUGACUGAAAGAGAUAGUCCGUUGGAUGCCAAAUCUAGGCAACUGCGCAGAUAUAUGAGACACAUGAGACAUCCUAGUUUUACUGGAUUUCUUAUUAUUCUAUGGAUUUGUCCUAUCAUGAGUGCGGAUCGGCUGUUAUUGGCCAUCAUAUUAACAUUAUAUAUGCCAUUGUUGUGGACAAUAGAUUCCGAAGACUAUAAUUAUCACAUCAGAUAUUUCAAACAGAAGCAGAUGGAAUUGUCUUAAUUACACUUUUUAUUUUUCUCCAUCUUGAUUUUUCGUCUCUUCAACAUUUUUCUCCUGAUUCUCAUUAAUUUCGUAUCAUAUUUAUACAGAUUAAUAUAAAUAUUGAUUAACAUAUUUAUAUAGAUUGACAUAAAUUAACGAAUAUAAUAUAUACUUUUAUUUUUGCGACUUAUGUGUAUGUAUAUUGUAUUUUGUGACAAUGGGACACUUAACUUUAUAUACAAAAUGGUGUAUUUUCUUGCAAUGAAAAUAAGAAUAUCUAAUCUGCAUUUGAAUUGUA